GCCAGUAGACCUCCUGUUCAAGUUGGUUACUGAUGGAGAACCACAAACUGCAAGAGGUUAUGCUGAGAAAUGGAAAGAACGAAUGACUGAAGCUUACAGGAUUGCAUCUGAAAACAGCCAAAAGUCAAGUGAUCGUGGGAAGAAACACUAUGACCGGCACUUGAAAGGAGUGAUACUCCAACCUGGUGACAGAGUACUAGUGCGGAACCUGACUGAGAGGGGUGGUCCUGGCAAGUUAAGGUCCUACUGGGAGAACACCAUUUAUGUGGUGAAGGAACAGAUCAAUGACAGCCCAGUCUACAGAGUGGCCUCAGAGGCAAAUGGGAAAAGAGUGCGUGUUCUGCAUCGCAAUCUACUGCAUCUUGUCAAUGAGCUUCCUGCGGACUUGCCUGCUGUAAAUAAGGGGGACGGGCCAUCCGCCGUCAAGAAAAAGAAACCAAAACCAGUUCAAAGAGAGACAGCAUUUCAACCCCACUCUGACACAAGCUCCGAUGAUGAGAGUUCAAUGUAUUAUGAGUUGAGGUAUGAUUUGAGGAGUAGAACCAAAGAGGAUGCUCUACAUACAUAUAACCAUACUGUAGGACCCUCAAGGGGAACAGCUGAGUUCAGCAGAGUGGUUAACUGUGGAGCACCUCAGCCGAUAGAAGCAACAGUAUUGGGGGAACGAACAGCAACAGGUGAAUUGAGGGAAACAGGAAUGGAACAAGAUGGUGGACACCAAAACACUGAACUUGACAAUGACAAGGGAGAGGAGGAGCAUGAGAUGGUACGGGAAUCAGGAGUCGCUGAAGUGCCUUUCACAGUCGACGGAGGAGAAGUUGGACUGCCGCUUUCAGAAAGGGCACGGUAUACACCCAAUGUGACCCCGCCGACAAAUGAAUCAGUUCCAAGAAGGUCUACUAGAGAACGACGACCUGCUACACAUUUCACAUAUGACACCCUUGGCCAGCCCUCUCUCCGGGUACACCCAUCAGUCAGUUGUGCUGAAGUGCACGAGUCACCAAACACAACACACUACACCAUGCCAUCAUAUCCCCUGUUACCUUACUUUCCCCUAGUGCCAUAUCACAUUCCGACAUCUCACUGGGCACACCCAGGCACCUUCCCUGUAUAUUAUAACCGCCCAAUCUAUACAUGUUAGUAAACAAGGAAUGUGGGUAUGUGGGAAGGGAAUGUGAUUUGAAUUGUUUGAAUAAUGAGUAUAAUGAAUACUAAAGGGUAAAAGGUUAAAUGUCAGGAGCCAUUUUGUUUUUGUUGGGGAGUGUGUGACGCCCACAAGUGUAUGGUCACAAUUAUAUUUUUUUUGUGAAUUGUUUUGAUGUAAAAGACCUGAUUUUAUGGUGGUAUUGCACUUUUCAUUUAGAGUUAUGAACAAUGUAAUUGCGUGGCAUUGCCACAAGGGGGAGAUAGCGCUGACUGUGAUAGGUCGUUGCAACGCUUCUGUGCCUCAGACGAGGAAGAGCCUGCAGACCGAACGCAACUCAUGUCUCCUGUCUCUGCUUUUCUGUUAAAAAUACAGUUUCAAAACAGGCCCAUCGAAGGCCUGUAACAC